AUGAAAUUCUCCUGUAAAGCUGGCUUAGGGAGUGCAUGUAAACACAUCUUAGCAAUUUUGUUCUACUGUAGCAGAUACGAUUUGGAAGAUUUAAAUAUUGUUUCUUGUACGGAUAAAAAAUGCAUGUGGAACAAACCACAGAAAUCAUCAUUAGAAAAAUAUAAACCUCAGCCUUUACAAGAACACGAUUGUGUUUUAAUAAAAAGGAUGAAGAACUUCGAGAAACAAAGUAAAGAAAAGAAAGAUUGUGAAAAAAGUAUAUUGUCGCAAACUGGAGAAUAUAGAUCGGAAGA